AUGUCCACCUCCCUCGCCCCCCUCCCUUCUUCCUCCUCAUCAUCCUCCCUAUCCCAACGACGGUCCUCCCUCCCCGCCGCACUCUCCACCCCUCUCCCCUCCACUCCCUCUGCACGCCGCCCGCGGACGUCGAAAACACCUCUCUCCGUCCAACUUUUCCAGAAAAAACAUCUUUCAGAAUUCCCGCAUCUGUAUAGCAUACCAGAUCCAGAUGAGCAGGAAAGACUCAUGGAGCAGGAGCGGGAGGCGUUGGAAGAGGCGAGGAGGAUAGGAAGGUUUAUGAGGGAGAGUAUUUUGGCCAAGGGGGAGGAGCUUGUCUCGCCUGUCCAGACACCCAGAGGCGUUUCUCGUCCUCUGAGUCUAACAGCAGACAAGCCCUUCUCCCUGGCCGAAGCUGCAGAAAUUUCCCCUUUCGACCCUGUUGAACAGCUGUCAUCACAGAAAGCUGCCAGAGGAUCAUUCGACGAUGUUAACAGGCGUGUUCCUCGUCCGUUGAGUCUACUGACAGGCAAACCGCUUGUGACCCCGUCAGCUCGAGUGACAUCACCGACUCAAGAGCUUCAGAGCAGCGGGCGACGUCCGCUCAGUCUACUCUCGCGAAGACAGCUGGAAAGCCGGCCUAUGGAUCUUGUCCGAGUCAGCGAGUACACUGCCAGCGAUCUUUCCUCAGCCAACAGCCUCGCUCCUCCCGUCAAAUAUGACAUGGAACAACGCACGCCCGACCUCUCCACCCCCAUCUUUUCUGACACCUACUCUCCCGACCCCACUAUCGUCACCCCCGGGCGGGCUCAUAUCGGGCUCGCCCUGGAAUUCCAGUCGCCUAAUGGCGAGUCUGCGGCGGACGAGGAAGAACCGAGUUCGUCGGAAGCGAAUACGUCGAAUUCAUUCCGCAACUCUACCUACUCGUGGGCUACGUCGUUCUCAGGAGAGACGGAAGAGCUGCGGACGGCGGCGCAGUAUGUGCCGUCGCGAGCUUCAAGGGAGAAUUCGGUGGAAAAGGAAGAGGUCCUUGGGACGCCGGACAGGGCCAAGCAGCGGAGGAAGCGUAUCGUCGCUAUCGCGCAUACUGCCCGUCAGCUUGAGGGUGUCGGAUCCAGAGAAGUCGAAGACCCUACGCUGUACAGCAAACUUGUCAAAGCUUGGAACGACCGCCCCGGUGUCAUGCCCACCGAACCAGUCUGGACACCCGCCGAAGAGGUGCCUCCCCUCCUGCCGACGCCCUUCUCAGAAGUCCCGUCGCAUAUCAGCAGCGAGUCUUCCGGGCCUUUCCGGUACUCUCUUGCCUCCAGUAUCCACGAUUUGGGUGAAGAAGGCGCGGUUGAGCGCGGGGCACAGAUCUUGAGCGAAAAGGCGUGGUUAAAGACACCGUUGUACAGCUCUGAAGCGUACUUUGGCGCACACUCGCCUUCGCAGCCCUUCCCGUCGUCUUCAUUCGUCCCUCCAAAGAGGGGAAGGGAUGUCAGUAAUUCGUAUGAAGCCCGUGAGAGCUUGCAAAGCGAAGAAAGCGAAGAGGAACGAGGCCCGCCUGUGGUGACCCCAAAGAGGGUCGUCAGGAGGGUCAAGACCGACAUCUCUCAACUAAAGGAUGCCAAGAUGGAUCCCUCCUCUUUCCCAGAAAUGCCCCCUACCCUAGGCUUGGGCUUUUCGGGCACUUGGCUCAUGGCGAACUACGGUGUAGGAUCGAGCAGAAGCGCGGCAGGAGAGAUGGGGCCGGAUUUUCAGCACGGGGAAGGUGGGGUGGAGAUCAAGGAGGCAAAGAAAGGGUACAAGCAUCACGGCUCUAUCCACUCUCUCGGCGACCUCGUGCCACAGUCACCGCGACAGCCGCAGCCGCCAGUGACAGAGGGCAACUCGUUAGAGACCAUCGAUCUGACGCUUUCCGCGUCGAGACCGACGAGCUGUUACAACACUCCCGCAGGUCGGCGCCAUCGCCAGUCACUAGACUGCGACCUACCACCGCCGCCGCCGCCAGCGCGAGUAAGACAGAGCACCGAUUAUCAACGCUCGAGCCUCUCCCGACAGCCGGCUUGCUGGACCCCCUCGAUUACCUCCUUACCACAACACAUCGAACAUCAACACCAACUGGCGCCCCCCAUCGACCUCCAUCUUCCGAGGACGAGGGUAGCUCAUGGCUGGGACGAAAUGCCCUCACCACCGCCAAUUAUGGCGGGGAUGGGGGAGGAGAUAGACAGGUCCGAAACGGAGGAAGGGGAGUGGGUCGAGGAUUUGGGUUCUUAUCGUUCAUCGGUGAUCUACUCGUACCGAUCGAGAUCUCCGAGUCCGAGUCAGAGCCCCCGUCUCCCCAUCGCCCAGUCACCAAUUCAACUGCAGCAUCACCUCCAAGUACGGCCAAAGUCUGUACCUCCAACGACGCCAGUAAGGGAGGAAGAUCAUCUUGCCUUCCCCGAUAUGCUGAAUAUGCCUGCGAGAGAAGAAGUGGGGAGGGAGCGUGGGGAAGAGAGAGCGGAGGGAGUGUUGCGAGUCAAGAACAGACGCCCAAGUUGCGGCCCCUCCUCCUACCCAGAUACGUCAGCGAUGGGUGGGGCAAGAGAGGGCAUGUCUGAAGGCGACAAUUAUGACCCGGAAAAGGCUACGGUUUCUUCCAAAUCUCAGACUUCGUCUAUCCUCUUUGUCUUUGGCUUCUUGAUGCCACUCCUGUGGCUCGUGGGUGGAUGGCUCCUCCCAUCAUCCUCCACCGCCCUUUACACUACUACCGAGAAGAGCGCUCGGAUACCAAACUGGCUCUACCACCCCCACCCUCGUUGGGGAUAA